AUGGGUCUGCUGCAAGCCCUCGGUCUGCGGCGCUCCUCGCAGUGGCAGCGCCUCACCGUGCUCGACCACCUGCUCCUCUCGCCGCUCACCUUUCUCGCCAUCCACCUCUACCACGUCCUCGUCUGGCUGCGAGGGCGACCCUUGCGCAAGCCGCGCGGCAAGGCGCCCGUGCGCGUCGUGUGCAUCUCGGACACGCACGACCUGACCGUCGACGUGCCCGACGGGGACAUCCUGGUCCACGCGGGCGACCUCACCAACGCGGGCACCGCGGCCGACAUCCAGAAGCAGCUCGACUGGCUCGCGGGUUUUGCGCACCCGGUUAAAAUUGUGGUCGCGGGUAACCAUGAUUCGUACUUUGAUCGCCGGGCGCGCCGGGACGAGGACGUGCGCAGCAAGGCCAAGCUGCGGCUGGGGGAGAUCCUGUAUCUGCAGGGCGACAUGACGGUGCAAGAAGUCAAUGGGCGAAAGAUUAGCAUCUUUGGCGCGGGCGAUGUGCCUGAAUGCGGGCCAAAAGAGUUUGCAUUCCAAUAUACUCCCGUGACGCAGCCAUGGUACAAUAGAGUACCACCUCAGACAGAUAUCCUUGUUACUCAUACCCCGCCAAAACACCAUCUCGACCUUGACCUUGGCUGCCCACAUCUGCUCCGCGAAGUAUGGCGUGUAAAGCCACGUCUGCACGUCUUUGGCCACUGUCACUGGGCCUAUGGACAGGAAUCCAUCUACUUUGACGAAAUGCAGACCGCGUACGAGACGCUUCUCUCGCGCCCUCGCCGGGGCCCCAUUAUGGAUUUCGUUCCGAACCGCUCCUGGAUGUACAUGUGGCAAAUCGUCUACUACGGCAUCCGAGGGGUUGUCUGGAAGUGGCUCAUGAUGGGCGGUCCCAGAGACAAUCAGGGCGGCAGCAUCAUGGUCAACGCUGCGCAAAUGUACGGCGAUACCGGCCGCAUCAAGUCGCGUGCGGUUGUGGUGGAUAUUUAA